UGUCAUCAGAGAAAGCUAAUUUAGCACACAGCUGACUUGACUUGUGGAGCUGACAUUUGCUGCCUGUCGACAUUACUAAGUUAACAGUAGUCCUAUUGUUAAUUUAGCUGUGAUGGCAAUGGUGAGGAAAGCCUCCAGAAAUGUUGGGAAGUACACAUCGACUCACAAACCUCGCAAGAAGACUCAUCUUCGGCCCCGGCCAACCAGGACCAUCAUGACCCGCAGCCAGUGCAACAUCAGCGGCAGCUUCUUUCACAGGCUCCCCUCAGAGGUGUUUGACAUGAUCCUGGAUAAACUGUCUGUGCUGGAGAUCAGUAUGUUCAGCAUGGUGUCCAAGGAAAUCACUAGAUUCGUUGUGGACUACAUCUCCACCCUGGCGUGGAAGAAUAAAAGGAUAAUUCAAAGCUUUCACCCUUCCACCUGCCUUCAACAGAGAUCCACUAUUGGACACUACAAAGACCUGGGUUUGUUGUUCAAGAGAUGUACCCUGUUGCUACCAACAAAGGACAGGUUAAAGUUUAUCUUUAGCAAGUUUUCACAGAUUCCCUGCUUCCUGUUGGAGCAGUGUUUGGCACCAGACUGCAUUGGCUUCCCCAGCUACGGAGUCUUCCUCCAGACACUGCUCGCAGGGUGGGAUGAGCUGGAGUGCCACAGAGUGUUCAACUUCCUGUGUGACCUCACAAAUCUGCUGCAAAAAAUAGAGGCAGUCAUCACUGGAAAACCUGGGGUGAGGUGGUACCAAAAGCAGCAGCUCCGUCUAUUCUGCCGUCAGGUUCUGUUGGACCCGUGGCCGAACCAGUCGGAGUGUCAGUUCUGGCUAAUACAACUCUUGAAGCCUUGGCCCAUGGUCAGCCAGGCACACUUACUGUUCAUCCUCUACGGACCUCUGAUGCCUGAGGGCACCCUGGGUUGGCAAGAUUUAGUGGAGAGGGGGCUGCCUCACAGCGCUCUCUGGGACCUGGCCAGCGCUAUCCUCCUGCUUUUCAGCAAACUUGAAGUCAAAGGCCAGACCACUAAUUCACUGCUGGCAAUCUUGGAGGAGCUCAUUGUCAUUCCUCAGCCGUGGCAUGUGGAGAAUGUGGCUCGUCUGCUGGUGCUGUGUGGCAGCAGUCUCUGCUACACUGUUCUAGCCAGCAAGGCCAUCAAUGGACGAAUUCUUGAGAUCUCCAGACUCAUCGUAUACAUCAUACUGGUGUGUGAGAAGGACGGCUAUCACAUGUCCUGGGCGGUGAAAAUGGUGCAGCGUCUCUGUAAGGUCUUCAGCACGGCUCCUGAAAGGUUCUGCUUCAUCCAACAACUGGAGAACAUGUUUUCAGAGGUCACCAGGGAGUUCUUUGAGUUUUCUGUAACAGGGAACCAUCUUGAGGACAGGGAGCCUUUCCAGACCCUGUGCAUCCUCCUGGACUCCAGCGCUCGCUUCCAUACUAAAUUCCUCCACAUGUUCCUCAAAUAAGAACGAUGCUGAUUAAAAGUGACAAGAGGAAGAGUUGGACAAGAAACAAACAUCAAUAAUGAAGAGGGUUAACUAAAGACAGGAACAAGAGAGAGUGAUGGACCUUUGCAACAAUAGAAAGACUUGAACAUGGAGGUUGUCAUGACAGCCUUGAAAGUUUGAUGAAAUCUCAGGAUGAAUUUUGUUGUGGUUAUUUAUACAAAUUUUAUAAUUCUCCCAAAGUUUUCAAAUCUUGUUCUUCGUAAAUAUCUUGCAUGUAAAUAUUUAUAAACUGUAAUUAAUAUGUAUUCAUUAACAGUAACAAUA